AGCUUUGCUGCGCCCCCCGCGCCCCCGGGCACGCCGCCCCCGGGCCGGGUGCGAGGGGGCCGCAUGAGGCCCACGGCGGGCUGCCUCCACCGGGCCAGCUCGGAGGUCGUGACCCGGCCCCCGCCGUCCGCGAGCGGCCCCCCGAACCCGUUCCUGGGCUCGGCGUCGCACAUCACGAGCGGGGGCUCGCGGCCGCUCGCGGGCGCCAGGGCCCCCGUGCCUGGCCCUGCCGCCGGAAGUGCGGCGGGCCUCCAGGCAGGAGCGGCCCCGCCGCCGAGCGUGGCGUCCGGAGGUGUGCAGGCGCCAGUGCCGCAGUUGCCGAGGGCGGCGGCCUCAUUUGCGCCGUCCAGCGACGGAGCCAUGCGCAUGGUCAGCGCCGCUAUUUCGUCAGCAAGGCCCCCGCCCUCGGCGGGCCCCCUCGCGGCGGCGGCGGCCCCAGACGCGGCCGUGGCGGCGGCCUCGGCGAUGCUCGCGAGGUCUGCCUCGCACGCCGCCAUUGGCAUGAGCGGCCUGCAGUUCAAGUUCGAGCCCGUCCGGCGGGGCGGCCCGCAGCUCCCCGGCGACGCCUGGCCAGGGGGCGCCAUCGCGGCAGGAUAUCCCCCUGGCGCCUGGUCGGCCCCGCCGCCGUCGCCGCCGCUCGCCGUCCACGGCCCGCCCGCGGCGGCGGACCAGCCGAGGGCGCGCGGCCGCGAGGGCGUGCUUGGAAGAAUCGGGGCACCCGCGCUGGGCGUCUCCCAGGAGCCGACGGGGUGCACGCUGCAGCUUGACGAGUGCGUGGCCCAGUGCCGCAGAGACGUCCAGGAGAUAGCCGCUUCCUGCCGCGUGCGCGGUCGGAAGUACCGCGACCCCGAGUUCCCUCCAGACGAGCGGGCGCUGUACGCGAACGGC